GGGAUAUUGAUUAGGAGUUUUAAAUAUUCAUCCGGGCAUCAUGCCAUUGAUGUCAUACAUGCCAAGAAAGAGAUCCAUGUAAAUGAAGCCGAACAAGAGCCAUGUAUCUGGUUCUUCUAUCUUGUUUAAUUGAAGCGUAAUUCAUAAGCUUAAAAAGUUAUAUAAAGGAGUGGAUUUGACAACAUCUUACCACAAAUAUCACCAAACCUCCCAUUCCCCCAACCUUCACCAUGAAGAUCUCUUUUACCCUUCUCGCACUCGCUUUAGCUUCUUACGCUCUUGCUGCUCCACCAAUGGAAGCAAGAACAUGGAAUGACAAACACAGUCAGAAAAAGCCUGCCGGUAAGCAUGUCAAGGAACCAAAAUAUUUCACAUCUGCUUUUUCCACCCGUGCAGUGAACACUACAAUUAUCAACAACAACCAAGAACCUGUUCCAGGUCAACCAGGAGCAUUUGGUCACUUUGCUUUCCGUAUUAACUCUGAUCAAGAAAUAAUUUGUUGGGACAUUCGUACAGUCGGCGUAACGGGUGAAUAUCAAUCACCUGCCUUUACUGCCACCCAUAUCCAUCAAGCCGAUGUCGGACGUGCUGGACCACCAAGAAUUGCAUUCACAAAUCCUAAAUACGAACGUAAUGAUAUCACCGGAGCCGAGAUCCGUACAAGUAAAGGAUGCUUGCAAGGACCAUUUGCUACAAAUGUCACUGCUAACGGUCAAGAUACUGGUUCAGCUUCCGGUUUCAAGUUGAAGAACAUCGAAGAGAACCCUGCAGGUUUCUUUGCUGAUACCCAUACUCAAGCAUUCAGCGCAGGUGCAAUUCGAGGUCAAUUGUUACGUUCCGAACUCGAAGUCAAGAAGCCACGUUCGUUCACAAGUACUUUACGUACACAUGCUACACCUGAUCAAAUCAUCACAAAUGCAGGUACCAAAACAGCCGGUUUGGAAGGUGCUUCAGGCAAGUAUGAAUUCCGUAUCAACACAAACGAAGAUGUGAUCUGUUAUGAUAUCACCCUUAAGGGAUUCCCAAAAGAUGAAGUAUACUUUAGCCCUGCAAAGACAAGUACGCAUACACAUGCCGCUCCAUUCGGAUCUGCUGGACCACCACGAUUGGCAUACAAGAACCCUGAAAGGAAAUCAUACCUUUGGGGUAAGAUUAAAUCAAAGACUCGUCAUAGUAGCGCAUGCAUCAAAGGUCCGUUCACCACUGGCUUGUUGGGAACAGAUGGUAAAGAUACAGGUUCAUCAAGUGGUUUCACCUUGAAACAAUUGGAAGAUAACCCAACUGCUUUCUUCUCUGACGUUCACACCGAAUCACGUCAAGCAGGUGCCGUUCGUGGACAAAUGUUCCGUGUUUGAUGGUCUGACAAAGAACGAUCUGUGCUUCUUUAGUGUUGAUGUAGCUACCCCGUAUAAUUUCAUUCCUUCCCUUGUCGAGUCAUGAGUGUUGCUGAG